ACGCAAAAAAGACUUGUGGCACAAGGAAUUCGAAUCAAUCAAGGAAUUCCUACUAGUGAGAAGCCCUACAAAUGUAGGGAGUGUGGGCAGGCCUUUAAAUACGGUUCACGACUAACCCAGCAUGAGAAUAUCCAUUCUGGCAAGAAGCCUUAUGAAUGUAAAGAAUGUGGGAAGGCCUUCAAUUCUGGCUCAAAUUUCAUACAACACCAGAGGGUUCAUUCAGGUGAGAAACCUUACGAAUGUAAAGACUGUGCUAAAGCCUUCAGUCGGAGCUCACAGCUCAUUGAGCACCAGCGAAUCCAUACCGGGGAGAAACCCUAUCAAUGUAAGGACUGUGGCAAGGCCUUCAAUCGGAUCUCGCAUCUUAAAGUCCAUCACAGGAUUCAUACCGGUGAAAAGCCCUACGUGUGUAAGGAGUGUGGGAAGACCUUUAGUCAUAGGUCUCAGCUGAUUCAGCAUCAGACUGUUCACACUGGCAAGAAACUCUUCGAAUAAGACUGUGGGAAGGCUUUUAACCAAGGAUCCACUCUUAUCCGACAUCGGCGAAUUCAUACUGGAGAGAAACCUUAUGAGUGCAAGGCAUGUGGCAAGACCUUUCGAGUGAACUCGCAGCUUAAGCAACAUCAGAGAAUUCACACCGGGGAGAAACCCUACCAGUGUACGGUGUGCAGUAGGGCCUUCAAGCGGGUCUCACAUCUCACGGUCCAUCAUAAAAUCCAUACCCAUGAGAAGCCAUACGAGUUCAAGGAAUGUGGGAAAGCUCCAGCCAUUGCUCACAACUGA